AUGGCACGUCACGAUAAUGAAGAGGAAUCGGAUGAGGAGAGUGAAGAUUCAGAGGAUGAUGAUGACGAUGAUGAAGAUGAGAUCACAGAAUCCGGAACUAGUGUUUCAAGGAAAAAGUCGAAAAUUCUCGGUGUUUCAAUUGAUAAAUUUUCCUACAAAAGAAUUCCUCGUAAUUGUCUAAAAACUUCAUUCAUUGCAAUCAAUAGUCUCAUUUUUUUAACAGGAAUCGCAACUUUUGUACUUUCCGUUUGGAUGAUGAUGGACAUGAAAUUAUUUAUUGGCCAAAAAAUUUACAUGUCAAUUCUCCUUAUGGUUGCAAUUUUUGGCUCUGUCGUUUCAUUUUUAGGAUUAUUUGCCUUCGUGAAGAAACGAAAAGGUAUUUUAAUGGUCUAUAUUGUGCUCUAUGUUAUAGCCUUGUGCAUGAUAUUUAUAUCGGCAAUAAUGAGUUUCACGUUUUUUGAUAAUUUGGUGAAAAGAAUUCGCGACGAUAUGAGAAAUUCCAUUGAAAAAUAUUCUUAUCUCGAUUGGGCGACGGAAACUUGGGACAAUACACAGCGAUACCUGCAAUGUUGCGGAAUAAAGUCCUACAAAGAUUGGUUGGAGCAAGAGAAACAAAUCCCCCGAAGUUGUUGCGCUGUAAAAAUGGAAGAGUGUAUAAAAAUGACGGAAGAAGUGGCAUAUCAAUCGGGAUGUUUGAAGAGCGCUGUUCUUUUAAUAAAAUCGCACAUUAAUAAAGUUUCCCUAAUGACAUUAUUUAUUUCCAAAACGCUCGUGAGUUGACAAAUUAACAUUAAUUUCCUUUUAAUUUGUUUCUCUCUCCUUCCACAAAAAAAGACAAGCAAAUAAAUAUCCUUCUUUUUUGUGCAAGGAAAAGAAAAAUCAGAAGAAAAAUUUGUCAACAAAAUUUAUUUUCUUGUUUUUGAAAAUUUGAUUAUUUGAAUGAAAUAAAUAAUUUUAAAAUUAUUAAUUUUUUGUAGUUGAAAUAAUA